AUGGCCGCCAUCUUUAGGUUAGCUGUUCGUUUUGUUACCGAUGUUAUUAUUUUUGUAUUUAAGGCUAAAUAUAAUUUCUCGGUUUUAAAAAUCGUUGUUAAAAGUUAGGGAAUUAGUAGACAGUAACAGUAAUGAUAUAAUAUAGUUGGUGUUUCUAUAGUGACAUAAAAUACAAAUGUUGUUCCAUUUGUUUGAAACCCCAGUUUCGUCUGCUGACAUUUCCAGAGUGAACUGGCUGAGGACUGGUCCCUAGCUGGUGAUUUAAGUUUGCUGUGUACACGUCACCACGUCGGUCCCAUCAGUGAUCAAGUUAGCAGGGGCGGGAGCAGGUGGUGGUGGGGGGGGCUCGGACGGCGGCCCCCCACACCAAUCCUGCAUGGUCCCCCCCUGCCUCAGGGCUUCUUCUGCCACUAUCAUUCCCUGUGGUGGAAACGCUCCCUCCAAUCCGCUCUCUAUUCCUGUCAGCAGUAAUAAAACAUCUGAUGAAGGCAUGAGCCUCAUCGUUCAGCUAGGAACCACUAGUGUUGGGUAUACUCCGACAUUGACUACAGCGGUGGUAAGCUCAGGACCUGCAAAUCGCUCUGUUAACUACCGGCCGCAACCAACCACCGGGCAACCACCCACAGGUGUGGCCAAGCACAGAUUGCCCAUGCAGAUUAAUCGGCAGCCCCAGGCAAACAGGGCACUUCUCCAGCAACAUGCGGCACUACCCGCUCGGAACAUUGCAGCUCUCGCACGACCCAUUGUACAGGCUAUUGCAUCCACAACUGUUUCCAAGCCUGUACCUGUACAGUGUGCGCCCUCCCCCACAAUCGCUGGUCGUGUACUAGCCAGUCCAGUCAAGGAUUCAAUGUUAGACGAUGAUCUUCUUGAGGGAGUCGUUGAGAAGAGGCCAAAGUAUCAUAAACAUUUACCUCUUAACUAUCAGUACGUACUACAAGAUCACAACUAUGGAGCGCCACCACCCCCCACGCCUGCCUCCCCUCCUAAGCCUCUGGUUAAUGGUGUCUCAACUGCAAACGGCCUUGCUCGUGGUCAAUCACCUGCCUCACAGCCACCCAACUAUGGCAAUAACACAUUCGGAGCUAACCGUGUUUCCAAGAGUGUUCAGCCUCCCACAACCCCCACAAUAUUUAAUAGUACAACGAUGUCGAAUGUGUUUGGUAUCGGGACACGAUUACAGACUACGGUGGCUCCAGCUGAGGAGAGCGAUGUGGAGAGUUCUGACAAUGAGCGGGAGCCAGAUCCCCAGGGCGAGGAGACUGAAACGGCUAAUGAGGGUGAGGAGAAUGAGGAUGACAGUAUCACCAGGUGUAUUUGCGAUUUUCAACAUGACGAUGGUUACAUGAUUUGCUGUGACAAGUGCUCAGUAUGGCAACAUGUGGACUGUAUGGGCAUUGACCGUACUAACAUCCCUGAUGAGUAUCAGUGUGAAAAGUGUCAGCCACGGCGCAUCGACAAACAGAAGGCUAUUGCACUGCAGAUGCGCAAGAAGAAAGAGUUGUUGGACACCUCUGACUCUUCUAGCGACACUUCAUCCAGCUCUGAUACCAAUGUACCAGUACGUAAGCCAAAUUUGCCAGUGAACAACAGAAGACGUAGUGAGCCUGCACAGCGUAAGAAUAGCACUUCUGGCAAUAAGCAAAGACGCGAGUCAGCCAAAGAAGUACAUUCUUCUGCUCGCAACAACCGCCAGACUUUCAGAAAAAAACAGGCUGAGAAAAAGCCUCCUGUCAGAAGAAAGAGCACGCAGCCACCACCACUGAGCAGUCCCCCGCUAACAUUAGAGAAGAGCUCUCCAGUGGACAAGAAGCCAGUGAUGACUGGAGUGGAACAGUUGCGUCAAUGGAUAGACAGCUACGAGGAGGCAGUGACCAACCAUUACAGUCCUGAGUUGCGUGCCCGCAUUGCCAGCAUCAAGGUGAACGGGAUACAUUCGGACUUGAAGUUGCCCUCCAAUUUGUCUACAACACCCAAGGUUCGGGUCUCUCUGCUCCCAUCUGGCGUCAAGAUCCUGCUGGCAACAGUGUCCAUGUCAAGCAACCAGCCGUUAGUGGAGCUGCGAGGCAAGUACAUGUUGUGUGGAUCAGGACCAUCGAAUAGGCCUCCACGUCCUGCAGUGCCUCCCCCUGGACCCUACAUCUUCCACUAUAAGCUUCCUCGUGACAACACAGAGGUCUGCGUGGAUGCCAGGACCUAUGGCAAUGAUGCCAGAUUUGUCAGGCGUUCUUGCAAACCUAAUGCUGAAAUGAGGCAUUGUAUUGAGAAAGGAGCUCUACAUUUGUACCUGGUGACAACUAAAGCAAUAGAUAAAAAUGGAGAGAUCAUGAUAGGCCUGACUCCAGGUCUGGGUUGUGGGUUCUGCGGUGAGAAAUGUAGUACUGUCUCCACACCAGUCUCCCCCUCUGACCUGACAAACCAUAAGAGUGUCAACGGCCUCAUUUCUCCCAACAGUACCAACAACAAUAACAAUAACAACAAUACUCAGAUCUCUGACAAGCGCCGUAGGGGACGAAGACGGACAAUGUCUGAAAACUUAUCUCCACCUAAGGCCUCCCCAAAACCUGCUCCAAAGCAACCUCCAAAGUCUCAAGCACCCAUCAAGAUCUCUCCUAUUCCAAAACCAACUCCCAAGGUUGUUCCGUCUGUUAGAGUGCCUACCCCACCUCCCAGAGUGCCGACACCUCCCCCCCCGGAACCAGUAGUGGAGCGGGUCCCUACACCUCCACCACCACCCCCUCCACCAGCCCCACCGUCCCCUCCACCACCAGCCCCUACCACACGCAGUGCUGCAUCUAAUGCGGCUCGCAAGCCACCACCUACCCUGCCUAAAAAGGAAUCAUCACCUGAACAUAUUGCAAGUACCAGACAGCUGAAGAAGGAAGCUGCAGAUAAAAAAAAUAAAAUGACUCGGGAGGAGAGAAAGAUGGAAGCUAUAAUGAAAGCCUUUGAACGAAUGGAGAAGGACCAGGCCAGGAAGCAGGAGGCUCAAGCCCGGCAGACCCAGAGGAAGGACUCUACAGAAACUGACUCAAAAUCAAUUCCUGUUGAAUCCAAGGAGAAAGAAAAAGAUAAGGAUAAAACCAGUGAUAAAGAGGAAUCCCCAAUCAACAACAAAAAUUCACAAAGAAAGAGAAAGUUUUCAGUCAGCAGCAAGAGGAAAGGGAGAGGCAGAUCUCAGAGUACACCUCAACCUGUGCUGAGGCCCCGCCGCACCUUGCGACGUAGUCAACCUACUCGUGAGCGAACCCCAGAAUCUGGAGAGUCCUCAGACGAGUCACCAGUACGUUCGCCCACCCCGCCACCUCCUAGUGCUCCCUCUUUACAUGACCCUGCUGCAGCUGGUCUCCUCGUCGAGUUCUCAAAGAGCUACGAGAGUCCACCGCACAAUCAGAUCAACACUAGCUCUAGCAGUGGCGAGACACCGCCCACUCCUAUGUCCAAGACAGCCUUGCUGGUGGCAGCAGCAGUCGGACCUCUCGCCCCUGGCUUCAAGUUUCCAAAAACUAAGAAGGGGUUAAUCAACUCAUGGCUCAAAUCUCCAGAGAGCUCCCCUACUGCUCAGCCAGAGGAGAUGAUGUUGCGGGGACAAGGUUUUGGAGCUACCAAAAAGCGUUGGCUGCGGCAGGCUAUCAGUGAGGAGUGCGACUCUCCCAACAGUCGGCCUGACAUAUCCAACUCUCCAACUGAGCAUGCAGCCCCGCUAAAGAAACGUCGGCUGGCACGAGAAUCAAUCUCAGAGGACCACUCAUUUACUCCUCCUACCACCCCCACCCACACAGCAGAGGCGCUCAGCCAGAUGACAGAUGAAGAGGACACUGUCUCUUCUCCGCAAGAUAACUUAAAGCCAACUGAAGAAUGUCCAGAUGAUGGGUGUGGGAGCAGCCAGGAUUCAGAAGGACCUGAUUCCCCACUCGCCCCCUCUCUCAAAACCAAGGAUGUAGAGAUGAAAAAUGAGAUAGAGGAAGAGACUGAAGAAUCUGAAGAUGACGAUAUGCAAGUAAAACACAAUAUGGAUCUAAAAGAAGAUUCAAGUGCUGAUUUAAAAUCUUUUGAUGGGAAAGAAGCAAAUGUGAAGGAGGAAAAUAAAGUGGAAGAAAUGGAAACAUUUAAAGAUGAUAAGGAGUUUGGUGUAGCACCUGAACCUGAUAGUAAUGAAGAGAAACAGCUAGCAAAUGCAGCUGCCAGUGCUAUCAAGCGGAAGUUGUCCAUUUCUGAGUAUCGGCAGCGCAAGCAGCAAGUGGGUGGGUCGGUCGGUGGGAGCACUCCUGGGAAACCGGAUGGCCCCUCUUCCCCUACCACAUCUGCCACUUCCUCGCUCAGCUCGUCUUCUUCAGAAGAUGAGGAUGAGGCACCUGCUGUUAUUGCCAAGUCCCUCAUGCUAGAGGCAGCACUGGACACCAGCCUUUCCAAGAAGCCAACAGCAGCAGCAACUCACCUCUUUGACUCUGCACCAACUCUGGUGGAACGUCAGCGGGAGAACCUCACUCAGAGGCUUAAACGGGAGUUUGGAUUGUUCCUCAGUGAUGAUGAGGAGCAAGAGAAAGCCAGAAAACAAGCCAAUGCUGAUUCCCUGAGCAAGGAGAAGGAGAAGGAGUGUAGUAAGAGAGAGAAGAAGAGCCUGCCCCCUCCUCCUCCACCGGCCGAGCCACCCACGCCUCAUUACCCGAUCGUGUUCUUCCCUGGAGUUGGGCACCCGAUUUACAACAACCGCUUCCCUACGCCACCUGCCCCUGUCGUCGAGCCAACCUUCUACAAUCCUUCUCCCUCCUAUUACAAUCAGUUGCCUCAUUAGCAGUUUGAAAAUUAUGAAUACCCUUCUCUCUUUAUAUUCCUGCUUGCCACUCUACACAUAUAAGAGGAGUGUGCGGCAGGUCCUGGCAUUGUACUUAAAAUUGGCAGAUAGUGAUGUGGCACUCACUGAUGAGUUCAACCGAUAGCUGUAGGAAACCGGCAAAGUCUAAAUCUGGCUCAGGCAAAACUAUCUUGUAUAAUAAAACUCAAUUAAUUGUAAAUACAUCACAUAUUAUCCAUCUUUUAACUCUGUACAGAAAGAUGUAAAAAUGAUUUAUUUAUAUUGUUCUUUAUUUUUAUAAUUAAAAAUAAAAUUAAGGAAAAACAGAGGAAUGAGUUUUUAUUAUGCAUAAAGCAAAUAAGUGUACAUUGAUACUAUGUAGCUGAAUAUAUCUUUGUACAAUUUGUUUGUUUUAAACAGAUUUGUAAAUAAGGUAAAGCUUUAUUAUGUCAUAUGGAGCACUGGAGUCAAACUUUUUGGGAAUAUUAAGUUUCAAUCUUGACCAUUUUAGUGUAAUAAAACUUUAAAAAUCUGUUAUGAGGAGUUUAUUUUUGUAUAUCAUACAAAAGUGGAUUUUACUUGAACCUGAUACAAAUUAGGUGCUUUCUGCCUCCUGGUAAUCUCAUGUAUGAUUAUGUUCUAGCAAAGUAGUACAAAAUGUUUUUGUUUUCCAGCGAUUUAAGGUUAUUUUUUAUUAUGUAUUUGUAUGUUUAAGUAUGGUAAUUUAGUUUACUGCUAAGAGGUUAAAUGUAAAUUUACGUGUUGUUGAAGCCACAUUAUUUAUAAGAUGGACAAGAAAUUAAUUAUUUUAUAAUAUGUGAAACAAAUAGUUAAGGCAAGUUCUGUGAUUUAGUGUUCUUAUGUAAACUUGUAAUUUUAUUUAUUUUUUGUAUUAUUCAAACUAACAAAUGUUCCAACUUCUUUUUUAUUUCUUGGACACUAAUACGUUAUUAAGGUUUUGGUUUUUUUCAGUAUUCUCACUUUGGUGGAUACUUUGAUUAUUAGCAUAAUUUUUUAUCAAAAAAUACUCUGUAGACAGUGAUAUUAUUAAAAAUGUGCUCUAAACUUAACAUGAUUGAACGAAAGUAAUUUUAUUAGCUACACCAAAUGUAAGUGCCAUUAGUUAUUUAUAUUAUUUUUUUAGAGUCCACUUUUUGGUUGUUAGACACAAUAAAUUAUAUGAUAGUCAUUCCUUAUGAGGUAAUUUCAGUUACAAUAAAACAAUAUCAGUACAAGCAUGGAGAGGUUAACAUCAUAUUUUACUGUAUAUAUAGCAUUUUUUAUUUAAAAUAAUUGUGUAGAAAAUAACUAUUUGAUCGAAUAGUACGUAAAAUUUUUGUUAUGUACAUAAAAGGUAGAAUAAAAUGAAAUUGAUGGAGAUUUUGUUAAAAGGGAAAUUCCUGUUUUGCAGUUGGUAGCAAUACUGUUCAAGUACCAAAUCCUUGCAUGGUGGCAAAUAAAAAUUUGUGUGAUGAGGAUGUAGACAUUCCAGACAUUCCCCAGCCAUUUAAAAAAAAUGUAAAAAACUAUAUCAAUUGUUAAUCAUAAAUCUUUUUACAUAUCUAAGAGAAAUGUAAUUUUGUCAAUUGUGACUAUUGUAAAUUACACCUUAAAAUUUGGGUAUAUAUAAUAAAAUAAUGUUGUGGGUAAUUGUAACAUUUUUAGAUUUCAUCUUUUUAGUAUUUUCAUUAAAAAUAAACUACAAUAGACUGUCAUUAGCCCAAGUUUAUAGUAUUAUGAACUGAAGAGGGCUGUGCUAAUUCAUCUUUUCAAAAUCAUUAAUGUGAAUUGUUGUUAUAUCCAUACAAAGAAUUAGGAUGCACCUUUCUAAUAUUGUAAUGUGGUGGUGGGUAGACCAUAUAUUGCAUAUUGAGAAAAGCCAGAUGGUUGGUGGUAUUGGUCAACUAAAUAACUGCAAACAUUGCUGUACAACACAAUAGUAUAUCUAUAACCGUGCAUCUGUUUGCCACCACAUGCAUGUUAAGUUACUCCCAAUCUUUCUGUGUAGUGUAUAUUAGAAGUUGUCAGCCCUCUUCUUCGAACAUAAAUUGUAGGGGGACGACUACAGUGAUGUAGUCAAUAUGUGAGUAGAAAGUUAAUCAGCUUUUGUUUAGUGAAUGAAGUACAUAUAAGAUGUUUUACAACUAACUAGUCUGUCACAGCUAUUCUUAUUUUUUUAAUUUCUACAAAAACAAAUUAUGUCAGAAUAUCUUACCAAUAAAAGAAUGUCUAUAUAAUAACACAUGUCUACAUUUUAAUGUAAUAAUAUACAAUUUACUGCAUGGUGAAACGUUUCACUUGGAACUAAAAUAUACAAAAAUAUGAAACCAUUUGUAUAUUACACAGCAAUUGUACUGUAGAAAAUGUCCACCAGAGUGAGAGAAUUAUGUACAAAUAGGAUUUUUUUCAUAUUAUUCAAUUGAGUGUUGUUCUUAAUAGUUUUAAGUUGUUAUAUGAGAAAACUCUUGAGUCCAAUGGGAUCGAAACAGGUGCAGCUAAAGUAUAACAUUCCCCACAGUUAUUGGUCUGGCUAGAAAAACAAGUUCCAUCUUGUAAAUACUGGUUUACUCAAAACGAAUUUUUCUCAUUGUUCACUAAAAUCUGUAUAAAACAAUGUUCAAAUAAUGUAGCUGGCAGUUUUUCUUGGUGUUGUGCAUAGUGCUCCUUUAAUCUUAGUAAUAAAAAAGCUUAAGAUAAUUUUGACAUGUUCACACGAGUUGGUCACUUUUAACAGCACGGUUCAAGUCACUCGUAGAAAUGUUAAAUGGACUUUGCUGUUAAGCCACAACGACGAUUGAGUUUAGCUCAAGCAGCAAAAAGUCCUGCUUUGGCUUAAGAUGUAUAUAAUAUUUUCAAAUUAAAAACAUGCAGAUUAUAAUUAUAUUCUAUUAAAAACCUAAUGAAAGAAUUUUGUCAAAGAGGAUCUCACACAAGAAACCUUAUCCCAUUCAAGUGGUUUAUAAUAACUUUUAUCCAUGAAGUGUCUACAUUAGAUUCUAUGUCCUUAACAUUUUCUUUGAUAAAAGAAGGAAAUAGAGCCUUUACUAAUUAAAUCCAAGUGAAUUUUAAAUUGUGGUAUAAGGAGGAAUACGUUCAAUAUAUUAAGUAAAUUUCAUAUUUUUAAUAGUAACGUAGUGUAUAUUGUAAAUAAAAAUGUUAAACAAGUAAGAUGUUAUAUAGUACUAAAGAACAUUGUUCUUGUUAUUAAUUCCCAAGAAUUUCAAUUCCAAAUUUUAUUUAGAUUUUUGCGUUGUUUGUUACUAAGAAAUAAGAAUAUAGCUUGAUUAUAAAGAAAUGUAUCACCAUUUGUACUGCUAGGAAUUGGCCAAUACAAAAAAAAACUCAAUUACAAUACAAAUACCAAAUUUGGUUUCGAAUCUGAGUUUGAUACUGAUUCCUGUAUAAAUAAUAACUGAAUAGUAACUUUAGAUAAGAUAGGAGUACCAUGCUUACCCUUACUGGUAGUGAUGGCAAACCCUAAAUUUUUGAAUCUUGAAUGCGAUUUCAAAUUUUCUAAAAUUUGUUCCUUAUUCUCUGAAUUUUGAAUCCUAAUAGCUUUUUUUAGCAUAAGUAUGCUUCAAUCAAAAUCAUCACCAAUCCAAUUUCUGUUAUUCUUAAAAGUUUGGAGACUGACCGAUAAUAUAAAAAGUAAUCUAAGAGUACCACUCAAUUUUAAAGAGAUUAAGGACAAAAUAGAUUUAUUUUUAAAACCACGUUAUAUCCCCUACCUAUAACUUUAAUUUAAUAUAUACACAGCAAACAUGUGGCAUUGCAUGAACAUAAAUAUAUAAAAUACAUUUUGAUAUUGGAAAUCAAUACCACAAGCGAUUGUACUGAUCAGUGGUCCAUGAAUACACAUGCCAUGAUAGUCAUUUUAACAUAUUACCAUUCAUGUAUUCUUAUAUAGAACAUAUUUAUACAUAAAUUGUGAGAUGAACAAUAAUUAGUAACCAUGCAGAGAAAGCGGAUGUCCAUGGGUAGAUGUAGCAGACUCUCGGUGAUGCACAAACAUAGAUAGGCAUAGAAAGUAGGAACUGCAAGCUAAUAUUUGCAAAAACCCAAUAAUUUGUUAACACUGCUCUGGUCACGACCACCUGACUCAUGCUGGUAGUGGACGGGUGAGCAUUACGUCACUAAUGAUGUUCUAUUUGUUGGGGUUAUUUAAUGUGGAAUUAAUAAAACCUAUUACUUUUAUGUUUUAUACAUUUCUACAAUCAAUUGAACAGCUAUAGUAACCCAACACAUACAGCUUCAUUAUCUUAAAAUGUAUUAAUGACAUUGUAAAAAGUUAAAAUGUACAAUUUUGAAGUAUCUUAAAUAAUUAAGUGAUAAGGUUUACUGGUAUUAACUUAACAGUAACAUUGAAAUAUUAUUUGGUUUAACUCAAAACACAAGAACUACAAUCUAGUCUUAGACAGAUCAAUUUUCAGUGUUCUUGUUCCUGUUGCAUUGGGCACAAAGUGUCCAUGUGUUCACCACAAAUUGGUGCUACAUAGGUUGUACAUCUCUUUGUCGUGUUUCUCACCUUGAUCAACUUUAGCGGUAUAGCUUCAAUUACCCAACUGCUGUCAGAAUCAUCUUAUUUGUCAUGUCUUGAAUAAAUUGAUUCCACAUCUUGAUUCCAUCAUCCACAGAAAAGUCACACUGCUGAAUGCCUAACUCUGAUCACUGCCAUCAUGCCAUCAGCAGACAAAUCUAAAACUAAUAAAUUAUCCUUCUCAUCAUUACGUACCCGACUGAAGCAUAAUGAAAAUAAAAAAAACUUAAAUAGUGAACUUGGAACACAAUAAUGUUCUGUUUUUGGCCAAUGUGUAUCAUCAUACAGCUGUCUAGUGUCGGUAACAAAAGAACUGUUUGGAAACAUGAUAACACCAGCGUGGCAGUUGAGCUCAAAAGUGGAUUGCCCAUGUUAACCCUCUCCCGUACAAGAGGACUGAAGUGGCCUGCCACUCUUAACUAUGCAAUAAGUUACUUCAUUGACAACUACUACACUCUAGAAUAAAAUAAUUUUAAACAGUGUACUUUAUAACAUUGACUUACGUAGCAGCAAUAUCAACUUAAGUAUUGUAAUGUUACAACUCGAACUCACUAUGAGGCAAUAAUACUAAUUUAUAACAACAAAUAAGCAUGUGCUAAAACGAAAAUAAACAGUUGACUGCGUUUACAAAAGAGUUUUAAAUAGUUCACAGUAUAAUAUAAUAUCUGGUUAUAAGUACAUAUGGUAGUUUUUAAAUUAUUACUUUGUUAUUUUUUUUUACAAUGUUAAUAUUAAAACUAAAAUAAUACCAUUACUGUACAUAUGGAUAGAAAGGAACUACAAAUAUUUUAUUUAUCACCUUAAAAUUCUUAAGACACAUUUUGGUACCUUAUUUGGUAUUAAUUUGAAAGACCAGCUUCUAAGCUUUGAAACUGUACUAAAACAUAAUUUAACUUUAAUUAUAACUUUUUUAUCAUGUGAAAAACUUUUUGCUAAAGCAGCUCGAUAAAUAGGUCUUUGCUACAGGUGCUUCAGAAUUACUUAGUGUGUACAGAAGAGGGUUAACACACUAGAAUGGUAGUUAACCCCUUAACUGCCACGCCUGUGUUGACUCUAGCGAUUGGGAUGUGGACUCAAUAUAUUAAUCAUAAUCUGACGUAAUGAAUUGGGAGAUUCUGAUGACAGUUUGGUAAAUAAAAAUGUUGCGAAAGUUAAUUGUGGUGACAAGAAACACGCUACAUGUAUGCUGACAGUGGAACUCUAUGCGUGGCAAAUAAGCCCAGCAGUACCGGGUGACAACAGUGUUGAAAACUGUAUUUAAAGGGUUAAGGGGGUCUCUGAGGAACGCGUACUAUGAAAUUGGAGCCUUUACUCUACAAUAAAUCUUCGCCAGGGCUCAGGGAUUACAUGCUAUCUGGCUUGCUAGAUACAAGAGAUUCAUACUCAUUGUUUUGAAAUUUUUUUCGUAUUCAUUGUUUUUGAAGGGCAAAUAACAAAAAAAAUCAUCUCUUUAAUUUUAAACCUCCAAUGCCAUGAUAGUUAUUUUGUCAUAUUUCAAAUUGGUAUUACUUCCAAUUCUUUUAACCUACACCUUAUAUUUAAAAAAUUUAAAAACCCACUUAAUUCCAAUUUCAGCUAUCAAAUGAAUUAUUUAUGAAUUGAACAUAAGGCUUUUUUCAUAUCAAGUCUAAAAAAUAUUGUAUACGAAUUUACAUUUAUAGUAAUCCCUGCUUUCUACAUUUUAUUUCAUUCUGAAGCAACUACUUUCUUUUAUAGUCCAGACUUGCAUUAGUUUAAAUAUAUCUACUGCAAAGUGUAUAGAGUAUUCUUUGUAUUCUAAGGAAAGACAACAUUUUCUGAUUUUAAAACAAAUUUAUUGAUUGUUCGGAUAUUUGUAGCUCUGUUUAAACUAGAUAUAUUAAAUACAACACAUUAAGUAUGUUUCUUUAAAAUUACUUAAAACAUAAAUAUGAUGUCAGCUCCACAUCUGAUGAAUUCAAAUGUACCAAAGAAUUAUAAUGGGACACUGGUUUUUUUCAAUUUAAGGUACAUAAGUUGAAGCUAUUACUUUUUUAAAUGAUUCUUCUACAAUCAAGAUGAAAUUUACUAAUUAUUUAUUGUUAUGUUUUAAAUUUACUCAUUUUCUUCAUUUAUUUCAACACCUUUUUCUGAUAAAUUACUAAUGUCUUGUUGCAGUUAUUUCAAAUUUGAUAACGGCUUUUUUGACAACUCUAAUCUGGAUUAAAAAGCUGCUUGAAUGGGUGAGGGCCAUAGAUGUUGUGUUUGAAGUAAUGACAAGUGGUGUCUGUUUUUCUAUAAGCUUUAAUUCUACUAGUUGAUGAGCAUAAAAUAUGAAACCAGAUGUGUUUGGUUAUUUGUCAAAGUGUACUUUAAGUACAACCUAGAUUAAAACAAUUAGUGUAAAAUUGUAAUUAGUUAUAAAAUUAAGGACUAUGUACAAAUAUAAAUAAAAAUGUUGAUUAAUUGUUUUAUAAGAAAACUACUUAAGGUUACUAUCCUCCAUAAAAUUGACUAGUUUGAACAGAAUAUGGUUAUAUAAAUACAGGUUAAAGCUUUGUUUUGGAAUAUUUUAUUGUAUAAUGUAUGCAGUGUAGAAACAAAUAUAUUUGAGCAAGAUUUUAUUUCGUUGAGUUACCUUAAUUGUGAUUAUGUUAUAAAAAAUUAAUAUUUAUGUUGUUUGAACUCAUGCAGUUGUUUACGACUGACUGAGUAAAAACAGUGAGGAGCCUAUUAUUUGUUUGUGAAUUAAAAAAAAAAUAUUUAUAAUCACUUCUCAGUGUAUGAUUUUGACAAAACGCAUGGAUAUUUAUUUAUUAUACUUUACGUAAAUUAAACACUAAAAAGUACAACAGAGAAAAACUGAAGCCUGAUGUAAAUGUUGUAAAUAUUGACAUUUUAUGUUAAUUUUCAAUGAAACCUGUGGUAGGAGUCAAGUAGUUUGAUGUUUGGAUCCCAAAAACUUGUUUAUAUUCAAUGUUUUAACAGAAAUUAAUAUAACUUAAAAAUAUGAUUAUAUUACUUUUGUGUAAAUAUUUCAACAAAUAUAUUAAAAAGUACAUUUUACAUUA